AUGAAAAGAAGGAUACCUGAUCAACUGAUGAGAUCGUCUGAUAGUUUGGCACUCCGAUGGGUCCUCAAGCCCGACGUCAAGGACAUUGAGAAACUCCCCUCGCCAAAGACAGUCCUCCAAAGAACCCUCGAGUCGAUUGACACGCUCACCCGUCCGUUGAAGGUCAUGGGCGACAGAGACGGGAAGUCCAAGGCGCAAGCCCAGUUCGCCAACGAGGCUGACGCCGAAGCCGCGGUUAAAAAGCUGGACAGCACCAUGCUCAAGGCCGCAGGUGUCAAGAUCGUCUGGGCCUCGGGUUGCUACACCGUUGUGUUCAAGAUCCCGGCGCAUUGGAGAAAGGACAUCGAGAGGCACUACAUCGACGCCUUUCAGCAAAUGGUGAAGGACUGCAACGUGGGGUAUCUCGGGAGCGAUCCUCACAGCGUUACUUUGCGCUAA